AUGGAGACGUGCGAUCCAUGCUGGACAUGUCGCAACCGACGUAUUCAAUGCGACCAGUCUGGGGUGCCUUGCAACAAGUGCGAGAAGGCCGGGAUCGAAUGCUUCGACAAACGUCCGCUGCGGUGGGUCAAGGGCGUGGCAAUUCGCGGAAAGAUGCAAGGCCGUUCGUAUGAGGCUAGAUCAGAUGGCGCUUCUCUGAAUGGUUCUGGUAUUGUUCAACCCACCCGAUCAAAAUCGAAGAAACCAUCUCGCGCUCUGAUCCAAUCUUCUGCUGGCGGAAGUCUGCCGGUCACUUUACAAGACCCGUCCAUGUCAAAUCUGGAUCAAGUUUCAAAAUAUUAUUUAGACUAUUAUAAUGACCGCAUAUGCAAAUUGUUUAUUGUAUACGACAGCGACAGAAACCCGUUUCGGAGUCUGAUCUCCUUGGGAUUAGAAGAUCCGGUCUUACAGAAAGCGAUGCUUGCUCUUGCGGCGCGACAUCAUGUCAAUACAGGCCAUUCGUUUCAUCAAAUUCAAGCGCCGAUAUCUCCGGAUCUUCUCAAUGCCAAUCGCGAUGCGCUACUCUUCAAGCACCAGGCCAUGGAAGCCCUCUCCCAGGCUCUCGGAGAUAGGAGAAUAGACAAAAGCGAUACAACCGUCGCUAGUAUUUUUCUUCUUAUCUUCCUAGAUCUUCUGGAAUCGGGGAGCGACGGUUGGAAUUUCCAUCUCGAGGGGGCGAAGAGUUUGAUUACAUCCCAUCAAUCACUGUUGAAGUCACAGACUGGAAUGAAUAGCAGGCCUGGUCAGACAGUACAGGAGCUACGGGGUUUCAUUUCGAGUCAGAUACAUUUGAUUGAAACAUUGGGAUCGACCUUCUUACAACCGAAACUACUAUCGAAAUUCGUAUUCGCCGACCAGGCAGAACCUCAGGCCCCAGAAGCAAUUGAGAAAUCAUUCCUUGGAUGUCCGGAGUUCCUGUUGACAGCAAUACAAUUCUUUUCCAAUGAAAGAGAUGCCAUUACAGAGCAGCCUCACGAUGAUGCUGCUGUUCAAACGCACGUGCAAGACACCACCUCCAUGCUGGAACUCAUUCAAAAUUUUGAUUCUUUUGCGUGGGCUUCGACUCUUGAACACUCAAGACGGGCUUCCACUGCCGAAAUUAACAAUGUCUGUAUUUUAUCUCAGGUGUUCAAAACCGGGGCUUUGAUAUAUGGCAGACGCGUUCUUGAUGCGCUCACGCAAACUAUCACAGAGCAGGACGAUUUGGUCUCUGAGCUCCUAGGUCUGAUUGAUAUUUUGACGGACGAAGAACCGCUUUUCAAAUGUGUUCUGUGGGCUAUCUUCGUUGCAGGUUUGGAGUGUCGAUCUCAGGCCCAGAAGGACUUUUUGGUCGGGUCCUUGGAGAGAUUCUGGACUGCUACAAGCUGUUUGAAUGUAAUCAACGCCGCGAAGAUCCUGAAAGAUUAUUGGGCCCAGGAAGAGGGCCUGGGGAUAUCGUCGCGGUGGAUAUUUGAUAUUGGCCGUCUGGGUCGUGACUGUCUUCUAAUAUAA